AUGACAGGCAGUUUGCUACAAUUCGACUAUUGUUGUUGUAUAAAGCUCGUAUCGGUGCAGGCGGUUAUAGAAGAGAGACAGCCGCCGAGGCCUUCUGUGGUGAGCGAGAGGACGCAGACUAAAGAUGUGCUGGAUGCGGAGACCAAUACGAAGAUGGUGCGGUUAUCAAUGGUGGAGAGCCAGAAAAGGAAAUUGAAGAGCAGAUGUACGACAGCGUUGGUGAAGGGGGCUAUCCUGGCGUCCCGCAGCCCCUAUGUGGAGAUAGCCAGGCGACUGAGACAUGAGAUAGUCGACAAACAGAAAAGGACACCUUUUUCCAAGGAUUCAAUGAAACGAAUACCUGAAGUCAAGCAACGACGCGGCAUCCUAAAGAAGGUUCUAGAGGACAUGACGCUGGAAGGCAUGUGCUCGACCGGAACCACCACGGACAAGAAGCAACCCCCUCUCGACAAGAUACUGAAAGAAAAACACAGUAUCUUCAUGAGAUACUCAAAAAGCUGCAAGGCGAAGAAGCGCGUGCGCAUGGACAACAAACCGGCCUUCUUCUUCACCAAGAGAGACCAGGACUCCGUGCAGUCCUUAAACGAGGCCGCAGAUAACGAGAGGCCUAAGCGAGUCCCCGAUGUCAAUGACAACUGUGAGUACAUACUUCAAUUAUUAGGCAAUUUAUGA